GUCGAUUUCUGAGGCCAACAACAAAUCCGUUUCGGAGUACGAAAGCAAACAGAGGGUUCCAUUCGCCCCUUCUUCACAAGCUGCCAUUUUUCUCUCUGUUGCAUUUAAGGCCAAGAUUGAAGAUUCAGUGAAGCAGAACCAGCCAACGACCCCAUCACCACCAUUUCCAAUACCCCUUUCUCUCUCUCUCUCUGCUCGUGCGACUCACAGGACUCACGCCAAAAGCUCGCACAGUUCACAAGACUUGAGAAUCCAAAGCAGGGUACCGGAAUUUAAUGGACGCUUCUGCUUCAGAUUCAUCUUGCCCAAUGAACAGAACUACAGGACAGGUUCUGGACGGUUCAGAAAUUAUGGAGUUGGUUGCCAACAACCAAGUCUUCGCCUCUUUCGUCGACCAUAAGUUUCGCGAGCUCGACACCGACAAAGACGGCAAACUUUCCCUCAAAGAGCUCCACCCUGCUGUCGCCGACAUUGGAGCCGCUCUCGGCCUACCUCCUCACGGCACUUCCCCUGAUUCUGACAACAUUUACUCUGAGGUAUUGAAUGAAUUCACCCAUGGAUCAAGAGAAAAGGUAAGCAAGACUGAAUUUAAAGAAGUUCUCUCUGAUAUUCUGCUAGGCAUGGCUGCGGGGUUGAAGCGAGAUCCCAUCGUCAUACUUCGGAUCGAUGGCGAAGAUCUUCUUGAAUUCAUUAAUGGCCCUGCCUACGAGCCUGAGAUGGUUGCCAUUUUCUCACAAAUCGAGCUACCUGACAGUUCGCUUCACGAUUACAUUGUUAAAGCUUUUGAAAAUCUUACUGUGGAACUAGGGAUGCCUCCUCCUGCAGACCCCUGGGUUAUGAGCGAUAUAGUCGAACCAGCUAUAGAGUCCUGUGCUGCGGGUGAGAAUUGGGACGUACCCGUCUCGCAAGAGAUAUUCUUGUUGGAAUUCAAGAGAGCUGCAGAUCAUGUGGCUCAACGCCUAAAAGAGCAGCCUGUUAUUGUUGCUCACAGUGAGAAUACCUUUGAUGGAAGUAGCAUAAGAAGACUGUUAUCCAAAAAAUUUGAACUGGACAAGUCACUUAACGCCGCGCUUCAGAGUGUCCCAAAAGAUAAAACUGGGAAAUUGCCAAAGGAACAUCUGCAGUUGGCGCUGGAUAUGAUUGCUCCAUUAGCGGGUUUACCUCCGCUCGGCGCCCUCGAUCAGAUGGACAAGCUGAUGUCUGAUGUAUUCAAGAUGGUGGAUGCGGACGACGGGAAGGCGGUUAAAGAAGACGAAUUCAAGAAACUACUGACAGAGAUUCUGGGGGCAGCUAUGUUGCAGUUGGAAGGCAAUCCAAUCUCAGUUUCUUCAAAUUCUGUUGUGCACGAGCCUCUAGCCUGUUCUUCAACACUUUUGACACCAUCCUCGCAGUAAAUCAUAUAAAGGCAGUAGCAGAGCUAUUCUAAGGUAAAGAAACCACAUAGAACUGCCAUAAGUUAUAUAUAAAUUGGGGACUGGAGCUUUUCAAAGUGCAUAGAGAGAAAAAGGGAAUGAAGCCAAGCCAUGGCUUGUCUGUCAUAUUAGCUUAGAGUUGGUUCCUUCUUACAGGGUGAAAAAUGAUGCUCUCUUCAAUGAAUGUAACGUAUGUAUCAGAUUUGUUGUAUUAUGUUAUGAAAGAUACUUUAUAUAUAUGAGAGCUAUUCAGAUUCUCUUUAUA